UGGUGAAUAACGGAAGAAAUGUGGUUGUCUCGUGUGUGGAAUCCCGGUGAUAGACGCUUGAAGUUGGCUUUCCGCUCGCUGGCUGGUCAGCUGCCCCUAGCGUGGGCGCACAUCUUGGAGCGAGGAGACAUGGCGCGCCAAUCAGGAUAUGACCGCCACAUCACCAUCUUCUCGCCAGAGGGCCGCUUGCACCAGGUGGAGUAUGCGUUCCAGGCUGUGAAGAAGAACCAGAACAUGACAUCCGUUGCUUUGCGAGGAGACGACAGCGUCGUGGCUGUCACUCAGAAAAAGGUCCCAGACAAGUUGAUGGACAAGGACUUCGGAACUCAUCUCUACAACAUCACGCCCAAUCUUGGCUGCUUGAUGACUGGCAUGAGCCCAGAUGCCCGCGCGUUGGUUUACAGGGCACGAGAAAUUGCCGCCAAAUUCAAGGACAAGAAUGCAUAUGAAAUUCCUGUCCACUACCUCGCCUUGAAGCUGGCGAACAUCGCGCAGGUCUACACUCAGCAUGCUUACAUGCGCCCCUAUGGCGUGAGCACUAUGCUGUUUGCCAUGGAUGAUGAGAAGGGCCCGACGCUCUACCAGGUCGAUCCUGCCGGCCAAUACUUCGGAUACAAGGCAGCUGCUGCAGGCACCAAGGAUCAGGAGGCGCAGAACGCGCUUGAGAAGGUGGUGAAAAAGAAAAUCCAAUUCACAGAGGCGGAGACCAUCCAGCAGGCAAUCGGAUGCCUCCAAGCCGUCAUGGGCAUGGACUUCAAGGCCUCAGACAUCGAAGUUGGCAUCGUGUCGAAGUCGAGGAAGGGCUUCGUGAGGCUAAGCGAGGCGGAGAUCGAUGGUCACCUGACGGCGAUCGUGGAGAAAGACUCAUGAGCCAAAUUCGGCGAAGCCUUGUCGAGCAGAGCCACAGAGACAGAUCGCCCAGAAACUUUGCAGCA